GUGUCGGAAAGUUGUCUCCAAAGCCCCACGAGCAGGUCCCGAGCUCUCGCGACGAACGCGUUAUUGUUUUGUUCUGAUUUUAAAGAAAAAUACACACGGAAUUGUUCGGAACUUUUUUUUUUCUUCAUUUUUCUGUGUCUUCCCCCCCCCCCUCAACCGCCACGGACGGAGAGUUGUAAACCCGCGUCUCCAUUUUUAAAGCGCCUCCUCACGAGACCACACGAUGACGACACACUUCAGGAGCGGACCGGCCUUCGGUCUUUCUGCCGAGGUCAAGAGCAAGCUGGCAGGGAAGUACGACCACCAGAAGGAGGAGGAGCUGAGGCUGUGGAUUGAGGAGGUGACGGGCAAACGGGUCGGGGAAAGCUUCAUGGAGAGUCUGAAGGACGGGGUCCUGUUGUGCGAACUCAUUAAUGUCCUUCAGCCGGGUUCUGUGAGGAAGAUCAGCACCUCCACUCAAAACUGGCACCAGCUGGAAAACAUCGGAAAUUUUGUUCGCGCAAUCACAGAGUUCGGCCUGAGGCCAGAUGACAUCUUUGAGGCCAACGAUCUAUUUGAGAACGUCAACCACACUCAAGUCCAGAGCACGCUCAUCGCUCUGGCUGGGAUGGCCAAGUCCAAAGGUUUCCACUCCAAGUACGACUUGGGAGUAAAGUACGCCGAGAAACAGCAGCGGCGCUUCGCUCCGGAGAAGCUCAAGGAGGGACGCAACAUCAUCGGCCUGCAGAUGGGCACCAACAAGCUCGCUAGCCAAAAGGGCAUGACCUCUUACGGCACACGCCGCCACCUGUACGAUUCCAAGAUGGCCACUGACGGCCACGUAGACCAAUCCACCAUCAGCCUACAGAUGGGCACCAACAAGGGAGCCAGCCAGGCCGGUAUGACCGCCCCGGGGACCAGGAGGCACAUCUUCGAUAAGAAGCUGGAGCUGGAGAACUGUGACAGCACCACCAUCUCCCUGCAGAUGGGCACCAACAAGGUGGCGUCGCAGCAGGGCAUGACCUCCUACGGCCUGCCGCGCCAGGUCUACGACAACAAGUACUGCACCAACCCCACCGAGGCCCCCUGCGACAACGGGGGCGAGGCCGACUUCGAUGGCUACCAGUACUCUGACUGAGAGGACCACAGCAACCCCCCCCCCCCCCCCCCCCCCCAGCCCCCAACUCUUUGCUUAACUUCAGACAACCAAAAGCAGUUGUCUUUGUGACGAAAAAAUCCCACCAGACUGUUAUUUAAGGUCCCUUUCUAAAGUAGCUUUUACUCUAAUGGAUUUAUUAUGUUUCUCUUUGUGGGAGUAAAAGGCAAAAAAGAGAAGAUAUAGUGUUUGCACCAACCUUACUUUUAAGAUUUCAUGCAGCGGACAACUCUCUCUGUCGGCUAAAAAUCCCCUUUAAAACCUUCUGAUAUUUAUAAAGAAAAAAUGUUUUUGCUAUAUUCUUUUUUUUUACUUUAAUUACAGAAUUAUUUUUUCGACACCCCCCCUUCCCUUUGAAUAAAGUUUGAACGGUAACAAGGCAGAAUGUAAAGGUCCCCUGGCAGUGGAACCAGGGGCCGCGUUGGUGCAAUUGACACUUUUUCACCCGUCCAGAACCGGUGGUCCACGUCUACGUGAGCGCGCCGCGGCCCCUCGGGACCACGCAGGAGCUCCGGGGGAGGGGUCCACGGACUGAGCCGAGGGCCGGUAAUUGUUUUUGUCGUAUUCGGGCAGCCUGAGAAUCACCCACCUCGCCAUCUUUCUCCCUCGUCUCAUGGGCUCAUUCACGCGGCUUUGUGUCGAUUGUAAGGAAGCGUUGAGGGGAAAAGAGUAGAGGCUUUUGAUCCGAAGUACAGGAGGUACUUGAAGGUGUUGUGAUUAAUAGUUGAGUGAGUCAUUUAGUAGGUUCAAAUCAGAGGUACUUUGGGUAUUUCCACUUGAUGCUACUUGCGUGAUUUUUUUUUUUCUUUUUUAAUUUGUACGUUUUUAUUCCACUUAUUUGUCAGUUAUAGUAAUUAAAAUGUUACAAUGAGGUUAUAGUAGUAGUACAAUAAAGGGUAUAACACCCACAAUGUAUUCUUGAGGUAUUGUGACGAUUCAUUCCUGAAAUUGAAAUUCUAAAUCAAUAUUCUUUUUUUUUGACAUGGUAUUUUUACACAGUUGCAGCCAGAGAUUGAGAGUGAUUAUUUCUUUAAAUAUAGCAGACAUUUGAAAACGUUUACAUGAAAAGCGGUAUUGUGGUAUUUUAGCAAUGACUGUAUGAUAUUCUCAAGUAAAAUAUCAUCAGGACAUCAUCCUGUACCUAACUCUUCAUCGGCCUUGGUGCGAACUGAACCGUGCCAAAUAUCCAGACCAGUGUGGUUUUUGAAAUGUCCUGCAUCCAACAGUUUAACCCAGCGAAUGCUUUGAAUGUAAUGUGGGUGGAGGGUCGGCCCGGAGCUCAACCCAUUGGACGGCAGUAAUGUGCAUUCAUUCAGCACAAAGAGGGGUCUCCGGCCCCUGGAGUGCCAUCGCAACCUCUGCAUUUCUUAGUUAUUGCCCCCAGUUACUGUUUGAAUUAGGUGUGAAAAUAAGCCCCCGGUUUGUGAUCGUGUGCUGAGUGGGCCUGGGGUCGUGUCGCAGAGCAGAGCGCCAUCUAGUGGAGGUAAAGCACAUGUACACUUACUGUAUUUUUAUCUAAAGGAAACAUUCCCUUUAUUCAAAUGUAGUUUUUUGUCCACUUUGAGAUCCAGGAUCUCGUGUUGAGUGAUGCAUGGUAACAUUUCACUUUAAUUUGUUUGCUUUGAUUCAACAUUGUUCAAACUUUGCAUCUUUGCUAACCUCCUUGAAUUUUUAAAAUUUGAUUUCUAUACACUUUCACGAAACAUGACAUUGUGCAAUAAAAAAAAAACACUUGAAAAAAAAAUAUGGUUCUGAUUUGAUUUUCUUAUUGGUUAAAAAUACACAUUACAUGUGAAAUACACACAAGUGACAUUGCAUGAUUGUGAUUUUUAAAAAGGAAAAUAAAUAAACUAGCAUUAUUAUUAAAAAAA